GGACCUGAGCUUUCAAGAUACACUGAUAUCAUUCUCAAGUAUCAUUGGCUGCGUGGCACACGAGCACAAUAUGUUCACUAUCUCCAUAAGCACUACGGUCCCAUUGUCCGUGUUGGACCCAACGAAGUUGAUAUCUCCGACAUCAGCGCCGUCAAGGAGAUACACAGUGUCAAAGGCGGUUACAAAAAGUCCCGAUUUUAUGAGUUGCUCGUACCUGGAACAACCAACGUCUUUAACUCGACAGACACAGAAUUCCAUCGUCGACAUCGUCGCAUUCUAUCCUCCCCUCUUUCGGAGUCGUCGAUCAAAACUGUCGAAUUAGCUGUUGAUCAGAAAGUGAAAUUGGUAAUCAGCAAGAUGGCAGAGGAAAUGGCAGCGCGACAAGUCACAGAUGUCGCAAAGAUGUGGUUGUUCAUGGCAACUGACAUUAUUUCUGAGUUGAGCUUUGGCGAGUCAUUUGGCAUGUUGGAAGCUGGCAAGAAAAACCAGUAUAUCGAAGACCUGGAAGGACUCGCAGCCAGAGGUCCUAUCCUCACAACUUUCCCAACCCUCAUUGCCAUCGCUAGAAAGAUUCCCCUUCCGGUCCUUCAAAAAACAGCUGCGGCGGCAGCAAGGUUGAGGAAUUACGCGCAGCACGCUGUCCUCAGGUAUAAGAGAGACUUCGCGAGCAAUCCGGCUGCAGCUAAGCCGAUGCUCUUCAAGAAACUGUUUGAAGCAGGAGAAGAUGGCCUCUCUGAUGAGGAGAUUCGAGCUGAAGCACAAGCCUACAUCGUGGCUGGGUCCGACACAACUGCGACCACCUUGACUUAUCUGAUCUGGUCUGUCUGCCGAGACAUGAGAGUCAAGCAAACCCUCGUCUCAGAGCUUAACAAACUCCCGGCUGACUUUGACGACAACGAUCUUCGCUCCCUUCCGUAUCUCAAUGCCGUCAUUGAUGAAACCUUGAGACUCUACGCAGCAGCGCCAUCUGCCCUUCCUCGGGUAGUGCCACAUGGUGGUUCUACCUUGGCUGGAUAUUACCUUGCGCAAGACACUGUUGUGUCGACACAAGCAUGGACACUGCAUCGCGAUCUGACGCUAUUCCCGAACCCUGAGCGAUUUGACCCCUCAAGAUGGUUGGAGGCGACCAAAGAGAUGAGGGAUGGGGUUAUGCCAUUCGGUGGGGGAGCCAGAGUUUGCAUCGGCAAGCACCUCGCUAGAAUGGAACUCCGGUUGGGCACUGCAAGAUUCUUUCGGGCCUUUCCCUCUGCUGUAGUUUCGAUAAGUGAGGGUAUGUCUGAUCAAGAUAUGAUUCCCAAAGUGUUUUUUCUCCUGGCACCAAAUGGAGGGCGCUGUCUCAUUGAAGCCAGAUAA